AUGGCGGAAAAUGAAGAAGAACGAAUACUGCGGUGGUUUAAUGAGUGUGAUAGUGACUCGGACUAUGGCGACAACUGCUCCGAACAUAUUGAUCACGACUCAGUAUCUGAAAUAAGUGAUUUGGAGGAUAACUCGGAGGAGUUAUCACGUUUUAACACUGCGAAAAGUUUUGCUGAGAUUGUUCCACAAAAUGGCGAGCUCAUUCAUGGUGAACCACUACCAUCAUCACGAUCACAUGGUUCAUCCAGAGGUUACUGGUACGGAAGUAAUAAGUUUAAAUGGUCGAAGACGCCUCUAUAUUCUUCGCGAUACCGACGUAAAAACAUUGUUACCCAAUUACCUGGUUUGGCAAGGGAAGCACGUCGAACAGAUAUCUUCACGGCAAGCUGUUUACUGACGAACUAA